AUGAAUUAUGAAGAUAUUCUCCAAUCGAUCGGCGGGAUUGGUAGAUUUCAAAAGACUCAGUUGUUUUUCGUAUUCAUCGCCAUUAUCCCCUUCACAUGGAUCACGCUGAGUAACACGUUCUUCGCAGCCGUGUCUGAUUACUAUUGUAGAGUCCUGGAUAACCAGACUUACGAACACAACUCAGAAAUAAAGAAUAUAACGAUACCCUAUUAUUACGACGGGGAUGAAAUUGUCUGGGAAUCGUGUUUACGAUAUAACUUGGAUGACAAUACGUCAUCCCUGUUUGACGUCAACGAUACCGAUGAAUACAGCCAAUGCGAUGACGGAUGGGUUUACGAACAAACAAAGUUUUCUCAUACGUUUGUGACUGAGUUUGAUUUAGUAUGCAAUAAGGCAUGGUUGAAGCAGCUGUGUAAGGUUACUGUUGCUAUUGGUUUAUUCAUAGGGUCAUUGGCAUAUGGACAACUUUCUGAUAUGUUUGGUAGAAGAAUCACGUACAUUUCCAGUUUACUCUUUGCACUUGUGUUUAACGCCGUUUUGUGUUUUAUGCCAUCGUUUGCACUGGUCAUUUCUGCUCAGUUUGUCAUGACAAUUUUAACAAUGGGCGUGUACCUUGUUGGGUGCGUAAUUGUCGUAGAAGUAGUUUCAUCGGCUUAUGAACCAUUAGCUGUAAUUCUGUGCGAGAUCGCAUAUACAUUUGGGUGCAUCACAUUGGGCAUCAUGGCGUACAUCAUGCACGGUAACUGGAGACGGAUGCAGUAUAUAAAUACCAUAUCAUGUAUUAUAUUCAUACCGUAUUGCUUUUUCAUAAAAGAGUCUGCAAGAUGGUUGAUACAACAGGGUAGACACGAUGAGGCGAAGGACAUUAUCAAAAAGAUCGCGACAUUAAACGGCGCAGUUCUUGAUGAGGCUCUUGUUGACGUCACGGCAUUUACAGAGGAAAAGGAACCGGUUGUUCACCACACAGCAUUUGAACUUAUACGGAUGCCUGGUUUAAAGGUCACGACUGCAAUAAUUUGUUUCAAUUGGUUUACCGUCAAUCUAAUGUACAUGGGAAUCGCCGAAAACACAGAUUAUUAUUUUCCCGGUCAUCCAUAUGCUGUAUUUACGCUAAUGGGCGUCUUUGAGCUACCUGCCAUUUUUCUAAAUUGGUUUUGGUUGAACAACCAGCCACGGAAGAUUGUUCUAGUGGUAGUGUCGGUCUUAAGUGGCGUGACGUGGAUGGUGACUGGUUUGACAGACAUAGAAGCUGUUAUUAUAAGUUUUGGAAUACUUACCAAGUUUUUAAAUCAGAUUAGUUAUACAUCCAUGUAUUUAUUAUCCAUGGAGUCUUUUCCAACAACAGUCAGAAAUGCUGGAAUGGGUCUUGCGUUCGGUUUUCAAAACGUGGGGGCGUUGUCCGCUCCGUACAUCGUGGCAUUGAUGGACGUGUAUUACUUAAUUCCUUUCAUCACUAUGAGUGCUCUGGUCGUGAUGUCGUGCAGUCUUAUAGUAUUUGUACCAGAAACGUACAAUACAGACUUACCAGAAACUAUGGAUGACUUGCCAAGUCGCGGGUCAGACGGAAGUAAUCCCACCCAAGUCAACGAGAAAGACUUUCUUUUAAAAUCGACAAAACCAAAAAGAACGGAAAAAGGCCAAGAAAGCAAGUGAAUGUCACCGCAUUAAUAUUCCCCACCAUGCCAUGUCAAGUAUUCUCCGAUGAUUUGAAAUAGGUCACGUGUUCGUAGUGCGCCGCGAUGUCCACAGAAUACGUUUGGUCCAACGACGUGUUUCGUAUGAGGGCGCUCUCUCGCCAUCUCUCUCAACAUUAAAGUGGUACCAGAUAUACUUCGCGCAUUUCCACGCGUACAGCGUAGUCUUACUGCCGUCCAAUGAUUUAUCAGUCCUAUUUGUACAUUCCUGCUCAUUAGAAAGAAAUAAACCAUUAAUCGGGUUAAUUAAGAUAACAAACCCCAUGCAAACAUGCAGCAUAUGCGAAUAAUUUAAAAAAAUGUGUAUUAUGUAUUCCUAUUUUGUUUAUUACAAUAAUUUCAGAGCUUUGACUUAAAUACGGCAUAUUGCAAUAUACACUUCCACGGUGACGUCAUACAUUACUGCCACAUUCAUCUGCCAUUUUAACUUCAUAAUUCAUUUGAUGUGAACGUGACGUCACUGUUUUCCAUCCAUUACACAAUUUCUUUUACGUCUGGCGACGAAACGCUCAUAUGACGUCAUACAUUACUGCCAAAAUCAUCCGCCAUUUUAACUUCAUAAUUCAUUUAAUGUAAACGUGACGUCACUGUUUUCUAUCAUUACACAAUUUCCUUUGCGUUUAGCGACGAAACGCUCAUAUGACGUCAAAAAGAUGUAAAUGACUUUGCUCAAAGCGAUUAUUGUGUUUAGUUGUGCAGUAGUUCGUCUAUUGGAAUACUGUAAAUCUCUCAAAAGCACUAUUUUGUUUACUGGCGAACGAUUACAAUUUCAACCAGUGACGUCAUACAAGUAAUUCGCCCCAGGACCAAUAAGAAAGACGCACCGUCACGGAGGACUUAUAAUACCACAACUUUCAUUGCAAUGUAAAUAUAUUCCAUAUUUAUUACUUGAAUGUGUGAUUCAUACUUGAUACGGAACAAAAAUAUUGAUCAUUACGACUUGUUCUUGUUUUUAUUUUAAAUUAAAAAUGUUUUAUGCCU